CUUCUCGAAAAUCAAUCGCACGACGACGACGCAGCAAGCCAGCAACGCCCCGACAACAAGCUUCGAGGCCUCAGUUACCGACAAUCUCACCAACAAUACAAUAUGGCUGACGCUCCACGAGGCGGCGGAGGCGGAUUCGGUUCGCGCGGCGACCGUGGCGGAGAUCGCGGACGUGGACGUGGACGAGGCCGUGGACGCCGUGGCGGCGGGAAGAGCGAGGAGAAGGAAUGGCAGCCGGUGACGAAGCUGGGCCGUCUGGUGAAGGCUGGCAAGAUAAAGUCGAUGGAGGAAAUCUACCUGCACUCGCUGCCGAUCAAGGAGUACCAGAUCGUGGACUUCUUCCUGCCCAAGCUCAAGGACGAGGUCAUGAAGAUCAAGCCCGUGCAGAAGCAGACUCGCGCCGGUCAGCGCACAAGGUUCAAGGCCAUCGUCGUCAUUGGCGAUACGGAGGGCCAUAUUGGACUCGGCAUCAAGACUUCCAAGGAAGUCGCGACGGCUAUCCGUGCCGCUAUCAUCAUUGCGAAGCUCAGCGUUGUUCCCAUCCGUCGUGGCUACUGGGGCACUAACCUCGGUGAACCUCACUCUCUCCCCACCAAGGAGUCUGGCAAGUGCGGCAGUGUCACUGUGAGGCUUAUUCCUGCUCCCCGUGGUACUGGUCUCGUGGCAUCUCCAGCUGUCAAGCGUCUCCUCCAGCUUGCCGGUGUCCAGGACAUCUACACGGCCUCUGCCGGAUCCACCAAGACCCUAGAGAACACACUAAAGGCUACCUUCGUCGCCGUCACCAACACCUACGGCUUCCUGACACCCAACCUGUGGGAGGCUCGCACUCUGCACCGCAGCCCGCUAGAGGAGUACAGCGAUGUGUUGAGGGAGGGCAAGAGGUACUAGGCGGAUUUCUUUCGAUGGUCAGGUGUUAAUUCUAUGUCGGUUCGGCGGGUAGGGCCAUUCUGCUGGUGCUUGCUCUAUCGUGGAAUUCUCGCGAUGAGGUGACGACACGAAGCAUAUGGGCGCCUAGUCAAAAAUACCAAACCUCGAUUCUCUACAUGUGUGUCAAUGGAUCUUCGUG